CAUAGGGCUUUUUUAGGGCUUUAGAGGCGCUAUGCAGCUCUGCGUUUUCGAUUCUCGGCGAGGCCAGCAGGAGGGGCAUGAGCUCGACAAGGUCCUCUUCUUCUACCCGCUCGAUUGCCCGCUCCCCUCCCAGCUCUCCCUCGUCGGCCUCAGCGAGGGCCUCAUCACAUUCUCCAGGAUAUUUUCCCCCGAUAGUCCUUGCGAGUUCAUGGAGGCCGAGAGGCACGGCCACAUUUUCUACGAAUGCGAGCCAGAUAUCUGGAUGAUUUUGGUGGUCGAGAAAGAUGGCGAUGGCGACCAAGUAACCAGAGAUGGUGCUUAUAGAAGCUUACUCAGGGAGUUGUAUGGUAUUUUCAGGCUGUUCUACGGGAAGAUCUCAUCUCGCCUUGAGAAUAAUCCAGUCGCCGACGUUGUUCGCAAUUGCUUGUAUGUGUUCGUUCCCGACUAUAUUGGAGAUAUGAUGGCGGGGAAGACUUUGUGGCUUCCUACAAUCUCGGAUUCGCUCGCUGAGCAUGCGACUGUGAGGAUUCUCUCGGUGGAGCCCGACAUUCUUCUAGAGUGCCAGUCCUUGCUGGGUCUCUUGGAGUCGUGGAGUGGAGUACCUCAGCAGUCGAUGGUUCUUUUUCACAACUAUCUCAUAUCCAGCACGCUUUUACCGGCUGACACAAUGGCAAUGUACACGUAUGCUGUGUUGCGCAUGAUACCAUCAGUCGUCUCGCAAUCUUUCGCUCAAGGGUCCAAGAGGUCGUAUACUCGGCACUCGGUGCUAAACAGCGUCGUGUCCACGUUUGUGACAGAGCCCAAGCGUUCGGUGUCCUCCUUACACGAGCAAACCGUCUCGCAGCCGCUCCACCAUGACGCUUGGUGGCAAGACGUGGACGGCUUUCUCUCUAGUUUUGCUUGGGGUGCUGAUGGUCCCGGCGGUGGCGCAGUUAUUCCUAGUGUCUGGCUUCAAGAGGGAGAGAAGAUGACAUAUCUCUGUGUUUAUCAGCACAGGGCGCUAACUUUGCUAAUGUUUAUCCCCAGUGCCGAAUCGGUGGCACUUCUGAGGAAACAAAUCAUCGACCAGGCCGAUAAAAUCCAAGCGCUGGAAGAGAAGCUCACGAAGCAGUGGGGUGGGAGUAAUGCAAUGCAUGUUCCUGGAUACCGCUACAUGCACCACGACUUGAGUAGAAGAACUAUAAAAGCGUCACCUCCGAACAAGGUCGCUACGUUGGCCAAGGAGUCUCUGGCAGUCUUGAACAAGGUGAGAGGAGAACUCGACAAGGAGAAGAAUCGAUCAGAUCACACAGACAAGGAGCUCUGCUUGCGAACGAAAAACAAUGCAUGGGUUUCCGCUAGAGCCCGUGCUGGACACGAGCUCUACGUGGUACUCGAGAAAGCCAGUGACACAUUGCUAGUGGCCUCGGACGCUAUUGACAAGUUUAACAAAAGGCACUGUGAAGGCCGGCUUUCAUCAGAUUAAUCUUGUACAAAUCAACUUCAUCGCGAGAAAAAAAAUAGAGGACAUCGAAGGAAAAAGAGCUCUUUCAUUUCCAGUCUACACACAACUUUGCCAGAUUAUUUUGCCGUCCUCUUCUCCUAUCAAUCAAACCUUUUGGCU